CAGGGAUUAUGCUCCCGUUGAAAACUACAAGACUAAAUAACACUACAACGCUACAGUACUUAAAUUUUUAUAAAAUUUAGCUCCACGUUUAUCUAUCAGUGCUAUUUUUUCUCAAAUCCAUAAUUAUUUCAGGUGUAAAAUCCCCGGUGUCGCCAGCUGCCUGAGCUGGGUCAAGUAAAGACUUGAAAAAAGCAAAAAUUCUGUCGGCUGGCUUGUUGCGUAGUCCUGACUAAAGCCAUCCGACAUGGAUUCAGUGCCAAGAACUGAUAAAAUCACUUGUCACAGCAAACUUCUGCAGUUCUAAAUGGAGGCUGAUUCUGAAGCCCUCUCCGAGUUAUCAGCACCAGACGUUGAACCACCGGGGCCAUCUCAGUCUGAAGAGACCCGCGAUGCCUUCGACCAAGAGGAAAUAAUCCAACACGAUGACGUCGCGCUCUCCACUGUGGACUCACAGUAUAACGAGGACGAUGAUUCGACUCCCGAAAUUGAUUUAGACUCGUCGGUAUCUGCGUUGGACGCGUCCGACACACUGACUGCAGUUGAGGCCCAACUUCGACCCGAAUUGGAAUUGUCGCUGUACGAUGAAUCCCAGAUCGGUAGCGAGGUGUUAGAAAGCAUCACCGUUCCAUCCGCUGUGCCCCCGCUACCGUUCGAGACCGGACUUGAAGUCGCGCAGACCUCCAAAUCGGGCGCUCUAGCCAAAUAUUACACGGCUGGUUCGAUAAUCAAGCCAAACCGACGAGGGCCAGGAAGGCCCAGAAAGGAUGGUCUAUCCCCCGUACCAAGGAAAACUAUUUAUCGCAGCCAUCCAGGGGAAUUUGGAAGAGGCACAAGAACAUUUCUUAGCAGAAGUCCACGGAUUCGUGGGACAGGACGAAGAGGGCGACCGGCUGCAUCUAGUUUAGCGUACAGACAAGCCCUUCAGUCGCCACCCUACUCGUCUAGACAAGACCCAUCAUCGGCAACCACUGUCGGCCUGCGUCAGGGGGCGUUCCAACCUCGGCCGGAGAGCAGUGCCAGUGAUACCAGCCCUGAAGGACGAAGCAGAGUCAUGGCGCUGGCCAGUACGUCUGUGGACCGUGUAGAUGUCAGUCUGGGUGAACCUUCAGGAGAGGAGACUGAGACACAAGGUCAAGUUCACCUGUGUUCAUUCUGUAACUGUGGAGAGAGGAGUCUGCUUGGACAAGGUGAGCUGUGUUACUAUGAGCCGACAUCCGGAUUUAACCCCUUCAAACGUGUGCUGCAGAAAACGCGCCGCGGAUCGGCUGAUAAGGAUGAACGGGGAAGAGACAAAAGUCCAAAGCCUUUGACUUGGAGGAGAACACGUCAUCCGAUAAAACAGUCAAGAGAGCGAAGCCGCUCUCCCCGUCACUCGUCGUUUGAAGAUGAAACUGGCUGUCAGCAAGUGAUUGACGAACUCAAUGUUGUUGGCUUUCCCGAAGACAUUGAGAUCAGUCAAGUUUUUGAGUCAACAGGUCACUGCUGGUCCCACCACUGCUGUGCGGCGUGGUCCGAAGGUGUGAUUCUGGAGGAUCAGAAACUGCAGUUUGUCGACCAGGCUGUGUUCACCGGUCUCACACAGAAGUGUUCCUACUGUAGACGGUUCGGAGCCACGAUCCCGUGUCGAGGACCGCAGUGCAGGAAACGAUUUCACUACCCAUGUGCAUCUGCUGGCGGGUGUUUUCAGGAUAUUAAAACACUUUCUCUUCUUUGUGGCGAACACUUUGAUCAAGCUGAAAUUAUAGCUGGACCCGAAGCUCUGUGUGUGCAGUGUGGGACCCAGGGGAACAUUGCCGAGCAGCUGUUCUGCACCAGCUGUGGGCAGCAUUACCACGGCAACUGUCUGUGUCCACCGGUUGAAGUGAAGCCCACGGUGCGAGCAGGCUGGCAGUGCCCCAACUGUAAAAUCUGUCAGACCUGCAGGAAACCAGGGGAUGACAGUAAAAUGCUUGUGUGUGACAUCUGUGACAAAGGCUACCAUACAUUUUGUUUGAAACCGGCGAUGACCACCAUACCGAAAAAUGGAUGGAAGUGCAAGAACUGUCGAAUAUGUACGGACUGUGGGGCGAGAACUCCUGGAAAUGGCCCCAGCUCGCGGUGGCAUCUCAAUUAUUCUGUCUGUGACAGCUGCUAUCAACAGCGGAACAAGGGACUGUGCUGUGCGUUGUGUGGGAGGGCCUACCGCACCUUCCAUAAUAAAACCAUGGUUCAAUGCAAUCAGUGUAAAAAGUCUGUGCACAUUGAGUGCGACUCUGCAAUCGAUGCCGGUUUGCUGAAAAUGUUGAAAGAGAGUCCAACGGGACAGACCGACUAUAUUUGUUCAGUAUGUCGAGACAUAGACCCGGAUGCCGAGCUGGGUACGUUCCCAAUUAGUUCCUAUGGAACCGAAGAGAGUUUAGAAAGCUAUCCAUUCAAGGACUCUGACCCUAUUCUGAAGGACGACCCGUUUCUUGGCGAGAUGCCGCUCACUGGGGCCAGUUCCCAGGAGUCGCUCUACACGUGUGAGGAUUCUAGUUCUAGUAUCGACAUAGACAUGGAGAAGGGUAUACACCAAUCAUCUGGGUUGGCCACCUACAUGGCUGCCAAGGCUGAAAUGCUUGAGGGUCACAUGCGAGCAGGCAGGCUUCCCCCUGGGCGCAAGAAAAUAGGUGCUGGACGUCCACGGACCCGUCCCCUUGCUCCAGAAAAACGGAGACGCCCACUGCAAUUUGGAGAAAAACGACGUGGCCCGAAGACUCGAGUGAAAACUGGACAGUUGAGCACUAGCGGCUUGGGAAGCAGUCGAGUUGAAACAGAUACGUCUAAAGACGACAGCGGUGAUGAUCACCCAUCAACAAUUGUCUUGAUGAAUUCAAAAGAUAACUACACCUUAGAUCAGGAUGUUUGUAAGAGCUGUGGUGCAUUUGGUCGUGGUGAAGAAGGGAAGAUGAUUGUUUGUACCCAGUGUGGACAGUGCUACCAUCCCUAUUGUGCUAGUGUCAAGGUGACGAAAGUGGUUUUGAAGAAGGGCUGGCGAUGCCUGGAUUGCACGGUGUGCGAAGGUUGCGGUCGACCAGAUGAUGAGGGCCGCCUCCUGUUGUGUGAUGAGUGUGAUAUCAGCUACCACACCUACUGUCUCGACCCACCCCUAGAACACGUGCCGAAGGGAACCUGGAAGUGUAAAUGGUGUGUGAUUUGCCAAUACUGUGGCUCGAAGUCUCCGGGAUUCAACAGCCUUUGGCAGAACAACUACACCCAGUGUGCGCCGUGUGCUAGCAAGGUCGCGUGUCCGGCGUGUCGCAUAAUGUACCACGAGGAUGACCUCAUUAUUCAGUGUAUACAAUGUGAUAGGUGGCUUCACUCGUCCUGUGAUGGACUCGCCAAUGAAGACGAGGCUGAAGUGGCUGCUGAUUAUGGAUACCACUGUUUGUUUUGCCGUCCAAUUACUAAACAUCCUGGUCCAUUGCCGCCACCUCCGCCACCCCCACCUCCCCCGGAAGAGAAAAUACAACCGCCGACGCCACCUCCACCUAUACCAAUUCAGCUGCCUACACCAAAAGAACCAGAACUACCGAAACAGUUUCUCAUGGACGGAGUCUACUUGUCGGCCUCUGGUAUUGAACAGAUUCAGAGUAUGUCCAUGCCAGUUCCAAAGAAACCUCGACAAAGACGAACGCCGCGAAAACCCGAUCAGCCAUUGAUAGAUCCACUUGUGAAACACCCCAAUGUGGCAAGACUUCUUUCUAUGUCAUCAGUAGAUGGAGAAGAAUCGAUGGAAAAAGAAACGGAUGAUCUGAAAACCCCAGACUCGGAUAUGACGGAAAACCCGCUCGCGAUGGCUAGUCUGAUACCGCCGGCUCCGUCUCUCCCUGGCCUCGAGAUGAGGACUGAAGAACAGGAGGAUGGACAGAAGAAACGACGACCCAGAAAACAAACAGGUGUCGGAGGAUUUGUAGCUCGUCAGCGGUCACGCACCACCAUCUGGAAACGGCAGACUCAGAAUCAGUCUCAGGAAGAUCUCAGUAUGGAAGUUGAAGGUGAUCCUGGCAGUACCCCUGAUGGGGCACCACAUGUUCCCGAGAAACAGAAACGUCGACGCCGAUCACGAAAAAGUAAACUAGAAGAGAGUUUCCCAACAUAUUUACAGGAAGCCUUCUUCGGCAAGAGUCUGUUGGACUCUAGCAAAGAAAACAAAGAGCUCCUAGCGGGCUCCGAUUCGGACAAAGAAAAGUCGUGUUCGUCAUCUCGACAGUCCCCUCACGGGGGUGCAGUCGACACAGACAUUGUGAAGUCACUGCCAGCUGGACAACAGGAUAUCUCCCUGCCUUCCAUGGGGCACACUGACGAUGUUCGUAAUGUGGAUGACAGUGAUUUGAAAGACAUACUUCCCGGUGACCUCAGUGAUCUGCCACCAGAAGAUGACAUUCUUAAAAUGUUUGACAGUGAAGCAUCUGGUGUCUCCAUCGAUGGAGGAGAUCCUGGCGAUUCAGCAUCAGAUAAGAUGAGGGAAACCACCAGCAAAGAUGACCUUGACAUGUUGUCUCCUGGCCUUGGUGUUGACAAGAAUCUUGAUGUGGACAAAAUGUUAUCCGAUGUAAACCUUGGUCCCCAUCUUGAUCAGAUUGACAGCAAAAUGGUGGAAGAUAUAUUCAAAGGAGUUCUACAAGGACAGGAGUCAACUGAUCCAGAUGCUACCCCUUCAGCUUCUGCAGAUGUGCCUGGAGGUAAUCAGUUCCAGUUAGGCCACCCCCCGGGUGUCCCACCUGGCUCUCCGAUGUUCCAGCCGAAUCAAAGUGGGCCCACACAGAUGAUGGGGAUGUCGAUGCCCGGACCGAACCAGCAACACCUGCCAGACGCCAAUCAGACCCCUGGUGGUGGGCCUCUACCAAGCUUUGGCGCAAACGCACCAUUUCAACCUGGCUUUGGCACACAGCAGCUGAGCCCUGGAGGUUUUGAAUCCAAGCAGCCUCCUCCGUGGGUGCUGGAUGAGGGCGGUUCAGAGGAGGGGAGUAGUCGGCGGAAUAUCAUCAAGUGGGAGGCUGAUGAAGCGCUCGGUUUGAACGCCACCAUAUCCUCCAUUCUCUAUGUGAACAUGAACCACCCCAACUUGAAGACUGAAUACACAGACUGGCCAGAGAGAGCUAAACAGAUAGCCAAGUUGUGGAGGAAACUGACGCCUGAAGAGAAACAGCCAUAUUUGGCAAAGGCCCGUAAAAACCGAACCAGCAGUCGUGUUCUGAAGGCCCAGAAAGCCGGUGAAUUUGAUGUAGAGCAGGUUUCUCAAGAGCUGAGACGCAGGCAGCAGGAGGCGCAAAUGCGUGAGGACAGUCAGGCAAUGCCCCCUCCCCCAGCUCCCCCUCCUCUGCCCUCCCCUGGGGCCGGACAGAUACCAGGUGUUCCAGACCAGUUUCAGCAGCUGCCGCCACAGGAAGUCCGUCGACCUAUUGAAGGGCCGUUGCCGAUGAUGCCGAUGUCCCCAAAGCAUGGCGUACUGAGUCCUGGCCGGUCUCCGCUACCUGGAAUGGAAGGUACUCCGAUCGUAUCUCUUCCAGGCUUCUCACCAGAAGGUGAUGGGAGUCCACUUCACAGUCCUGGUGGUUUGGGUAGUCCUAGAAACAUGCCACCAUCUUGGCCUGUAGGCCAACCAGUAGAAGGACCAUCCUCCUUCGAACAUCCUCUUGGAGUGAAGCAGGUUCUCUCCCCUGAUCCACGCACUCCGGGUCCACAGCCAAAUCCUGACCCGUACGCUUUCCAACCAUCCACGCCGAGACCUGACUUUGCUCAGGGCUCGGGAACAUUAAGACUGAGUCACCCACCCAGGACGCCGCAGGAUUUCGAUCCGUACGCCCAUCCCCCAGGCACGCCCCACGCCGAAGGACAUGGGCCCGAGGAAGGCGGUUAUCCAAAGCCUCAGGGGACGCCAGGAAUGUCACAGCUACGGAAGUCGUUUGACCCACAGCAGGCAGCACAGCAGAUGUCUCCAAACCAGGCCACAUCGCAGGCGAAUGCUUACCUUCAUCCCCCAGGGACACCGAGAAUGGCUGGUCCACAAGAUCCGUACGCUUCAGCCCCGGGGACGCCUCAUCUCGGUCCAAAUCAGCCGUUCCAUGGACAGUUGCUCCGAGGUCCUGGCUCAGCUGAACAGAUGGUGUCCGGCCCUCGACUGCCGGUUUCCGACCCGUACGCAUUUCCUUCCGAUGCACCCCGACCUGUCGGCCCACAAGAUAACUUCAUGCAUUCCAUGCGAGGCCCUCGUUCGGUCAUGAUGGGUCCCAGACCACGAUUCUCCUCACCUGAGCAGAUGUCGCCCGGGGUGAAAGCCAGCACACCGGAGCAUUUUCAGCAGGUGUCGGUCACCUCAGUGCCAUCAGAAACGUUCGGACAGCAGCAGCAGCAAGGUCUGGAGGUGCAGACGUCUGGAACGUCUGCAGUUCCUCAGCAGACACCACUACCAUCGACUGCUGGGAAGUCUCCUCACUCUCCCGGUGUCCUCCGCCAUUUGGAUCUCUCGUUUCCUGGGGGACAGGGACAGGAAUCGUUCCGGCACCCCCACCCACAGAUAGUUCGAUCACAGAGUCUUCCAGAUCCUUACAGUCACCAGCCUGGCACCCCUCAGCCAGGAAUGGAACCUUCCAUGGUAGCCAGAUCGGUAUCGCAGAUGGGACCGGGCGUGCCCAUACAGCAUAUGCAGAGGGGCCCACGACCUAUGUUUCCGCAAGAAUCACCAUUGCACGAGCAACUAUUUGGCAGACGGCGGGCUAUGGUCUUACCUUCUGGGAACUGGCCUUUCUCUUAUAAGCACCCUGUUUUGGGAACCGGUGACCAGGCAGAGGGUGACCGCGGCCAGCAGAAUAUCCCGCACCAGCAGCUGCGUGAAAUCCUGGCUCAGCAGAUUAUGAAACAGCAGCGCAUGAAGAAACAGAAGGAGGAAAUGAUUCAGCAGGCGCACAUGGGACACCCGCAGUGGCCUCCCCCUGAUGGGUCGCCGCGCGCUAUGGGACCUAGACCACAAGGUCCCGCCCCUGGAUUGACAGACCAGCCAGUACCUGGUUCUCCACCCGAACGCUGGCCCUUGGGACAGAGACUUGUGCGACCCCCUAAUCCAGUUAAUUUUGAUGGUGAAAACUUCCCUGGACCUCGAGGGCCAUUCCCUGAGGGCAUGCGUCUGCGGUUUCCUAUGGGAAUGAGACCGGUACAUCCACCAAUGUUAGAUCAACCCCCGCAAGGCCCAGGGCAGGGCUCGGGUCAGUUUCCGACCCCACAGCAGCUGGAGCAGAUGCCUCCUGCCCAGCGGAUACAGUUUAUCCAGGUUCUGCACUCUCAGGGACUGAUCCCACCGGGUCACCCGUUACUGGCCCUGCUGGGUCAACAACAACAACAACAGCAGCAGCAGCAGCAACAGCAACAACAACAACAACAGCAGCAGCAGCCCAGCACCUCAAUACCAUCUACAAGCUUCCACCAGCAGUUUCUACACGGCGCUCGUCAGGGGACGGCUACUAUUGAGCUCCAGAGACAGACCUCGGCUGACGGAGCUGGCCAACAUUUCUCUCCAAAAAUGGGGCACGAUACCGAUGGCGUAUCCCCGUUUCCGAAACAGCUUUCCGAAGGUGGUGCUGGGAGUGAGGAUGACAUGUUUCAGAACGCCGAUUUGAAGAGAGGCUCGGAUCAGCCGCAUCUGACGCACACAGAUGGGGAUCAGCUCCAGCUGCCGGACAUCGACGUCAAAGUCUCGAAACACUCCAUGUCUGAAGACGAGAAACACGAAGAUGAUGACCUGCUCAGUUUUUUCACUGGAGCCGAUGGAACUUUUGACAUCUUAAAAUAUGCAGAUCCCGAACUCAACCUGGACGAUGACAAAAUCCUCGAGGAAACUCUGGACUUCAUGGACGAGACAAAAACUUCGCACACGGACGUCAAGACAGAAGAAGACCUGCCGAAGAUUGAAGGCAUGGACCCGCAGACAUCUGAAACGAAAAGCACCGAAAGCAAACCCGACGACCAGACACCGAUGGACGGAGACAAAGAUUCGGAUGAGAAACCUCAAGAAAAGGGAAUUACCGACUUCCAGGCCAAGUUCCUGGAAUUCAGUCAGAAGAGGGCGGAAGAAAUAGAGGAGAGUCUGAAGCUGAAGGAAUCAAAGUCGACUGAUGAAAAGAAGGACGAACAAAAAGGCAUGAAGGACAGCAAGGCUAACAUAAGUCACAUUGCGGCUCUGCUACAGGGAACGGACCCGAUUCGAAGCCAGCAGGAGAGAGACGAGAGAAUGUGUCCGGAUUCUCUUUCCUUGGGCAUGGUGCCACGACCAGGACUCUCUCACGUGAUGUCGCCCCUGCAGGCGGGACAGCACACACCAAUUCAGAUGUCUCCGGGAGCGAUGGGAGUUCAAAACCCCGGAACGCCGGGGCUGUCUUCUCCGCGCAGUGGCCAGCAAUCGCCGCGGACGCCGAACAUGCAAUCUCCGUUUAAUCAGCUGAUGCCAAGUCACUCUCCGCUCAGCCAGCCGGUGACGCCAGGCCAGCAGUUGUCUCCCUUCUCAUCUGCCGGACAGUCGCCUUUCAGUCCGCCAGUCGCUUCGCAUUCGCCAUUCAACACCGGUAUGAUGCCUGGAUCCCAGUCGCCCUUUCCACCGUCCGGAGUGAAUCGGGGACAGCCAUCCAUUAUGUUCACUAUGGCUCCACAGCCUUCCCUCGCAAACACCCCACCCAGCAUGUCCCUAGGCCACCCUCCGUUUCCUCUUCAGCACUCUCCGCGAGCAACCAUAACUCCGACCAACCAGUAUGCUCAGGGGACGUACGGACAGCCUCCGUCUCAGACGCCAAGAAACACGCUGACACCAACUCCCGAGAGCAUUUUGUACGGUCAGUCGGCUGCUGCGCAGCACAUGAUCAGACUCCAGGGUCCGGGGCAGAGGAUUGCGUUCACUGCCACAGCGGCAGCGGCAUCGCAGGGUUUACAAGAUCUGGCUCAGUCUCAGGCUGACGGUCAGAUGACGUCGUCCUCCAAGACUCAGAGAAUGCCCGGUCUGAGUUUGUUGAUGGACAGCGCGGGUCAGCACACCGCAUCGCAGACACUGCAGGGGAUACAGGAGAUGUCGAAGCUCCUGCCAGCUACCUCGGCAGCAGGUCUGCACCCAGGGAUGAUGGGUUCGAGACCCGACAUGGGAAUGCCUGGAGCUGCUCACCCGAAUCUGCAGCAGCAGUUGGCCCACGUCCAGGCCAAUCAGGGUCCGAGGGGGAUAAGACCUUUUGGGCCAAUGCAGCAGAGGCUGCAGCACCCGGGUAUGAGGAUGCAGAGGCAGCCAUUGCCAGGAAUGGCUGGUUUCCAGGGUGGUCCUGGGGUCAAUGCAGGUCCAGGUCCGCCACCAGGGUCACAGGGAAAGGUGCGACCGGGAAUGCCCCAGAAGGAGCAGCACACACUGUUGGAUGAAUUAUUAGAGCAGGAGAAGCAGGAACAGAAACGACAGGCCGAACAACAGGCUCUGCUACACCGCCGCGAGACGGGCAAGCUGGACAUGCCAGCAGGACUCCGGCCAGGUUUAGCUCCACCUCCGGGAAUGACCACGAUGUCUCAGAUGGGUCCUCGAAUGGAGCUCGGGCACCGGAUGCAGUCACCUGAAGCAGCAUGGCCUGGCCCCCCAUCGCAGACGAGUCCCCAACAAGGAGACGCAUCCCAGUUUCCCGGUUUCUCCAGUCGACCUCCCUCCCAACAGCUGAGUCCACGCACCCCGUCACCCUUCCAGUCGCCCUCCCCCGGGAUGCAGCCCCCACGUGUGAGCCCACUGACCAUGCUGCCACCCCCACCACAGCCACCGAUACCACCACCACCAGGAGAGCUGAGCCCGGAGUACCAUCGACAGAUGAUGCAGUACGAAGACUGGCUGACAAAACAGGCCCAGUUUCUCGACAUGCAGAUCAAGUUACUCGAACAACAGAUUCAGAAACAAAAGAGAGCCAAGAAAACUAUACAGGCCAGACAGCGUCAGGCCAAGAAAGUUGGAAAUGAGUUGAACCCGUCGGACGUAGCGGAGCUGGAGAGGAUAUCGGGAGAGCAGUCUGGGCUUCAGAAACAGUUGGAGGCUCUUCGCAAACAGCAACGCCAACACCAGAUGCAGUUCCAGGACUACCGCACCAAACAGAAGGAAGUGUUUGGCAGAAACUGGCCUCCAAACGUUCCCCCUCUCCCACCACCACCACCACCCACGUCUCAACAACAACAACAACAACAACAACAACAACAACAACAACAACAACAACAACAGCAGCAGCAGCAGCAGCAGCAGCAACAACAGCAACAACAACAACAACUGAUUGUUUCUCAAGCACCCGCACAAUCUCCUCCAAUAUCGACUCAACAACAACAGAUACAAACAUCCAUCGUUGCUACGUCAUCAGCAUCGGCUACGACUGCGGCUACAACAUCGGCUCCCCGUUCCGCGAGCACGUCGGUGAAUUCUGUGCGCAUGACACGCAGCGACCGCCAGGAGUACGACGCGUACAUGCAGCAGAGGCUGAGACUGCUGAGUCAGGGCCAGGCCGUGAGACCCAACCCAAUCCCCGGACCGAGACUGCGCGCCCCGGCCCCGGUCCCGGCCCCGGCCCCGGCCCCGGCCCCGGCCCCGGCCCCAGCCCCAGCCCCAGCCCCAGCCCCAGCCCCAGCUCCAGCCAUCCCUGACACACUGGGGCUGAGGCCCGACGUGCCCAAAGGUCAGCCUGCAGAUGUCCGAGGCCAGACUCCGCUACAGACUGUUAUUGGGGACAACAACCCAUUCUCGGAAGGUUUUCAACAGCGAGAACAACUGCAGAGAUUCCGGGAUCAUGUCCAGGUGCGACAGCGCAUAGACCCAACAAAACCUGCAGGAGGAGAUAACUCUAAUGCAGCAGGUAAACCUGAAGGACUUGGCCAUAUGGCUUUCUUCCGUGAGCGCGGCCCUUUUGAGCAAGGUCCUCGGUUUCAAAGAGCUCCAGGACAUUUUGCUGAAGGUGGACCUAGGCAUAUGUUUGAGGGCAAUCGACCUCCAUUUGAAGGUCCUAGACCUCCCUUUGAAGGCCCACGACCACCGUUCGAUGGACCGCGGCCUCCAUUUGACGGACCACGACCUCCAUUUGAUGGACCACGACCACCAUUUGACGGCAGCCGGCCUCCAUUCGAUGGACCACGACCGGGUUUUCCUGGAGGAUUCCCCCCAGUCGCUGGAAGUCCACAGAUGGAUCAAAUAAGAAUGCAGGGAAUCCCAAUGGCUCCAGGCUUUGGUGCCCCUCCCUCUGCCAACAUUCCACCGGAGAUGGGCCCAGCAGUAGUGAAAGAAAAAGCUAAAAAGCCGAGGAAGAAAAAGAAGAAGGCUGAUUCUGAUAGCACUCAGACACAGCCAUUACCACCCUCGAUGCCUAAUCAGGCAUCCGUUUUAGGUCCUCACGGUGGAUCACUAACAUCAGCCCCACAGCAGUCUCCUCAGUCUGGCCCCCCUGUUCGUCCUCCACCUCCUACGACCGGCAACAAGCCUCUGUCAGAGUUCCCUAUCAAACCGCAGUCUGAAACCGAGCGCAGGAUACUCGAGAUUCUCAGCAACUCGGCAGCCCUGGCUCAGAAAGAGGACGACACUGGAAGCAAUGGAGGAGGAAACAAAAGUCCGAGAGGAAAGAGUCCAGCGUCUUCAGAAGGAUCUCGAUCUGGCCUGGAGGAUUCUGUUCAGCAGCAUAUGAUGGGUCAGGCCGGAAUUCCACACCACCAGUUUCUCUCGGUGACUCUGGCAGGGCCAGGACAUGCACCUGGACAUGCUGUUGGAUCAAGUCCUGGAUCGGGAUUCGCUCCCAGAGGCAGAAUUGAGUCUGCAUCUUCGGGGUUGCAGAGGAUGGCAGAUAUGCACUUGCCCACCACAGAGUUGUCUGUAACGGUAUCACAGCCGACGGUGACGUUGUCACAAUCGGAGUCUGCUUCCAUAUCUGGCCAACCCAUGUUGUCUGUAGCACAGACUCCUGUUGUGUCAUCUGCAGCAUCACAUACUCUGAAAUCGAUGGCAUCAGAAGCAUCAAGUGGCUCAACAGAUACUGGUGUUACUGCUGUUGCUGCAGAAAUGGACAAAUCUCAUCCUAAACCUCCAUCUGGACAACGUGUCACAGAGUCUUUAGAUGUAAAGUCUGCGGUUUGUGCAUCUGAUGGAGCAGGAACUGAAGCCAAAACAUCAGGAGCUCCAACAGAACCAGGAUCAAGGACUCAUACAGUAGAAGAAAAGGAUAACACGGUUGCUCAGGGAAAUUCAGGACAUAAAGAAUCAGACUGUGAUGUUCAUCAUCAAACUGAGGAAGGUAAAUCUUCAGGACAGGACAAAUGUGAUGACGGAAUUCAUUGUGGUACUGAUGAUGAAAAUGAUUACAUUGGAAAAACAAAAUGUGCAGAUGGUAUACAUUGUGGUACUGAUGACGAACAUGAAAAUACUGGAAAGACAAAAUGUACAGAUGGAAUUCAUUGUGGUACGGAUGAUGAAGAUGAAAAUACUGGAAAGACAAAAUGUACAGAUGGAAUUCAUUGUGGUACUGAUGAUGAAGAUGAAAAUACUGGAAAGGCCAAAUGUACAGAUGGAAUUCAUUGUGGUACGGAUGAUGAAGAUGAAAAUACUGGAAAGACAAAAUGUACAGAUGGAGUUCAUUGUGGUACUGAUGAUGAAGAUGAAAAUACUGGAAAGAUCAAAUGUAUGGAUGGAAUUCAUUGUGGUACUGAUGAUGAAGAUGAAAAUACUGGAAAGGCCAAAUGUACAGAUGGAAUUCAUUGUGGUACUGAUGAUGAAAGUGAAAGUAGUGGAAAUACUGGAAAGACAAAAUGUACAGAUGGAAUUCAUUGUGGUACUGAUGAUGAAAGUGAAAGUACUGGAAAUACUGGAAAGACAAAAUGUACAGAUGGAAUUCAUUGUGGUACUGAUGAUGAAGAUGAAAAUACUGGAAAGACAAAAUGUACAGAUGGAAUUCAUUGUGGUACUGAUGAUGAAAGUGAAAGUACUGGAAAUACUGGAAAGACAAAAUGUACAGAUGGAAUUCAUUGUGGUACUGAUGAUGAAAGUGAAAGUACUGGAAAUACUGGAAAGACAAAAUGUACAGAUGGAAUUCAUUGUGGUACUGAUGAUGAAGAUGAAAAUACUGGAAAGACAAAAUGUACAGAUGGAAUUCAUUGUGGUACUGAUGAUGAAGAUGAAAAUACUGGAAAGACAAAAUGCACUGAUGGAAUUCAUUGUGGUACUGAUGAUGAAAGUGAAAGUACUGGAAAUACUGGAAAGACAAAAUGUACAGAUGGAAUUCAUUGUGGUACUGAUGAUGAAAGUGAAAGUACUGGAAAUACUGGAAAGACAAAAUGUACAGAUGGAAUUCAUUGUGGUACUGAUGAUGAAAGUGAAAGUACUGGAAAUACUGGAAAGACAAAAUGUACAGAUGGAAUUCAUUGUGGAACUGAUGAUGAAAGUGAAACUACUGGAAAUACUGGAAAGAUAAAAUGUACAGAUGGAAUUCAUUGUGGUACUGAUGAUGAAGAUGAAAAUACUGGAAAGAAAAAGGAUCAAUCUGCAACUGUAACAGAUGCUACAAAAAGUGAACAAAAUAAAACACAAGCUGAUCAUGGUAGUGGUGCAGAUAACAUGGACACUCGGACAUCUACUGGUGGUUCUGGUGAAGUAGCUAAUGGAGGUAACACAAACGGUACGUCAUUCGAGGAUGGCACUCGUGGUACAGAUGGUGAUGACCAAGGACUUCUUCAUCAGCCAGAUUCCCAGUUACCACAGGCAUCAACAUCAGUAGCAUCAGCAGCACAAGGUUCCGCUUCCACUCAGCAGCAGAUGGAAGUGACAGAGACAUCAGAAGAAUCCGUUUCUGAAAUACUGGCUACAUCAGACAUUCAGAAACAGGAUUUUGCCAUUGAGAAACAAGACAAAGAAUUUAAGGAGGGACACAUGGCGGUGCCUGCUGAAUUACCUGCUGAAUCAGAGUCAUCAAAUCGGACUUCAUCAGAAUCGGUAACAUCAGAGAGCGCGAUAGCAUCUGGUCCUCAAAUUAAAGAAACUACACCAAGCCCCUGUUCACAGGGAGAAGGAAGUCCAACGACUAGUUCACACACAUUAAGUGUACAAGCCUCAUCUGAAAUCAAGAAGAUGGAUGAAUUUGUUCAACAACAGUUGCAGCCAUCACAGGAAUCAAGUCAUAAGCAAGUGGAGCAGGAGAAGACAAUGUCAUCUGCUGGACAAACACCUGUAUCUUCCGGACAAGCACCUGUAUCUUCCGGACAAGCACCUGUAUCUUCCGGACAAGCACCUGUAUCAUCAGGACAAGCACCUGUAUCGUCAGGACAAACAUCUAUGUCAGACGGAAGUAAUAUAUACCAUCAUUUUAACUCCACUAGUCAUUCACAUACUGUCUCAACUGAAAGUGCAUCUUCAGUAUCGGUGUCUAUUCCAUUACCCAUGGCAGUGCAUCCAUUUUCAACCUCAUCGUUAUUAUCAUCAUUCUCAUCUUCAGCAGUGUUAGCAGUAUCAACCUCAUUGUCUUCAAAAUCAGUAACAACAUGUCCAUCAUCGGUGUCGGGAACAUCAGUGUCACCAACAGUGAUAACAUCAUCAUCAAUGUUGGCAUCAGCACCAUUAUCAUCAUCAGUGUUAACAUCAGCACCACCACCAUCAUCAUCAAUGUUAACAUCAACAUCAUCAUCAGUGUUAACAUCAACACCAUCAUCAUCAUCAAUGUUAACAUCAACACCACCACCAUCAUCAUCAAUGUUAACAUCAACAUCAUCAUCAAUGUUAACAUCAACACCAUCUUCAUCAGUGUCAACAUCAGCUCCAUCAUCAGUGCCAUCAUUAACUGCAUCGUCGGUAGCAUCAGCAUUAUCAACAUCGGUAGCAGCAUUAUUAACAUCCUCCUCCUCAUCAUCAUCAACAACAACAACAGCAGCAUCUCAACAGGUGUUCUCUCAGCAGCAUUCUCAAGCUUCAGGCAUUCCUGUACAUCUACCUCAGACGCAGUCCUCUCACUUGCCUGCCAGCACACUGGCAGCACCAACAGUGUCAUUGCAGGAACAGUCGUCUCAUCUUGCAAGUAUUUCACAGGGCAGUGUGUCCACAUCCUCACACAGUAUUAGUGCUCCAUUAUCUGUAAGUGUUUCGAUGACCAGUGCAUCAUCGGUGAUUGCGGUAACUGCAGCUCCAGUUGGUUCAUCACCAAAAACAUUCCCACCUCAGUUGGACAGGUCUAAAAUGGCAGAAUUUGUAAGCACAGUCUCAGAGUCUACUUCCACUCAUUUGUCAAAGGCUCCAAGAACUGUGGGAUCACCAGUUAGUGCACCAAGUUCAACAGCUGCCUCGAAAGCGAAAACAGGUACUAUAACAGUUUCCUCAGAAAGUACAUUGACAGCUGCGGAGAGGCACAGAGAAUUGGUAAGCUCUCAUAUCCAGGCUACUAUUGACGCAGUUGCCCGUCUGCCCGAUCCUAGUGAAUCUUCUCAAGAUGACUGGCUUAAAACGUCGGACUAUAGAAACACCUCCAGUAUUCAGACACCAGCUCUGAAUUCAACAGACAUACCUCAAGAUGGUUUAAUGAGAAUGCAGAUGCCACAUUCUCAGCACUCCUCGGUGCCAAGUGGAAUUCCUCAUUCGAUGCAACAUCUUCCUCCAUCGUACGCCUCGGCAAUUAUGGCAGUUCAUGGACGAGGAAUGCCGAUGCCUGGUCAUCGGCCUGGCAUGAACAUGGGUUCAUCUCUGUCCGGCAUCCCUCCUGGCUUGCAGGCAAUGGCACCGACUGGCAAUAGACCUGACAUGAGCCAAGCUCAGUCUGGCAUCCCAGGGAUGAUGGGCCAUCCGAGAAAUCUCCAGCCACCAAUGCCAGGUGGAAUGAUGCCUGCUGACCUACAUGGAGCUAUGCAGCCUCAGAGGAUGCCUCGACCCAGGCCCCAUAUGAUGCCUAGAAUGCGAGGCCCUGGACCGGGUGACUAUCCAGGAAUGAUGCCUUCCAGACUUGAAGACGUUGGUCACCAGCAAAUGCCUGCAAUGAGACACCCAACAUUCCAUCAUCCAGCGUUUGCAGAUCUCCCGUCUGUUCCAGGGAAUCAUCCUUCUGCGUUGGAGAAAAUGGCAGCAGUCAUGUCGCAGGUUUCCACCCAGCAUCCCUUUGCUCAUGGAAUGUCGCGGCCAGCCAAAGGACCAUCAGUGCAACAAGGCCAUCCAUUUAUGCCUCCCAUGUCCUCUCAACCUGGAUUGCCACCGGUGUCAUCCGUUUCUGGUGGGAUUCUACAGUCAUCGACCAGUUUACCCCAGACACCCUCCGAUCCAGCAAUGCAGUCAAAUGCUUCAAACCGAGGCAUGCCACCAGUGUCCUAUAACUCAGGAAUGCCACCAUCCUCAGCAGGUUCUGGGAAUCCACCAGUGUCAUCACCUGGUGGAGGACUCACCACUGUCAUGUUGCAGAUGACCAAGUCUGGCUCAGAACAACAGUCUCAGGGGAUGCUGCCAUCUGACAGCACCGAGGAAGCAAAUGGCCCCGUCACUUCAGUGGAAGCUGUUCUCUCAGGACAUGCACAACACCCGGGCGGAAUGGCAGCACAUCCUGCUCCUCAGCUGACUCCUCGGAUGAUGCCUCCAGGAAUGAUGAUGCCUCGUGGCAUGCUGCCACAGCAACUGCAUCAUCUGGUGCACGGAGAUCGGAUGCCGCACAUGUUCUCCCAAGGAGACCGGAUGAUGGGAGAUCGAAUGCCUCGAAGGAUAUCAGGAGAUGGCAUGCCAACAGGUGCAGAGUUUCGUCCAAGGAUGCCAAUGCCGUUCCAGAUGCCGCUCUCGAACACGGAUCAUUCUGAAGGACCUGGUCCGAAUGCAGCUGCUGGCCUUCCCCAGCCGAUGCUGCCCAUGAUGCAGAUGCAGCCAUCGGGCCCCGGGCACCCUGUUCCAGUGCCCAUGAUGCAGAUCAAACAGGAGCCCAAAGAUGACAGUCAGGAAACUCAAGCACGCCAUAUGGACCUGGGAAUACCUGGAGAUCUGACAGCGGAGGAGAGAGCCCAGAAUGCCAUGUUAAAACAACUGCUGGCCAAAACUGGAGCCCUUGGUGGACACACUGAUAACAUAGAGAAUUCUGGUCUUCAGAACGAAGAUCUGCCCAACCUGACUCCCGAACAGCGGCGCCAGCUGGAGAUGAUUGACGAGAUGCCGCUCUGUAAAGAGACUGAGAUCUCAUCCGAGGAGUGGGAGCUUAAAACUCCGGAAGAGAAGGAGAAAAUACUCGAAAUAAGAAGGCAGGAGUACGAACGCAGGCGAAAAGAGUACGAACAGCUUCGUAAGCAGAAGAAAGGGAAAGUAGUCGGAGUUGGCGAGACUAAAAGACGCCGUAAACGUCAGACGGAAGGUGGGGAAGUGGCUCCGCCUGGCGUGCCAAAGAAACGGGCCAAGAAACAGAAGGGGAAAGACGGAGAGGUAGAGGAGAGGUCGGAAAAUUUCAUGCAGCAGCUGCGGAGUAUGCCGGCAGUGCCACUGAGAGAACCGGCCAUUCUGGUGAAUAACUUCAUUACCAGUCUCCACGGAGCCAGUCAGGAAGCUGGAAACCAAAUGCGAGGAAGCUAUGGCCGAGCUUAUCUAGAAAAUGUUCCUGACGUCUACGGAAGUCUUCAGCUUCCUCAUUCCCAAGGACUGCGCGGUCUCCCCGGAGGAGACAUCGCUUCCAGGCGCCACCUCAUUGGAGAGAGUGACGGUGCCACAUUCACAGAGGAGCAGCGGUAUCACCUGAUGACGGAAAAAGCGUUUCUUAACUCGGGACUUGGUGCGCCCGGUUCGCAGUUGCCGCAUUUCAUGCAGGGUGACCCCAGGAUGAGACUGCCAGUCCUCCCACCCCACCCCAGGGUUGAGCCACGCGGGGAACCGCCACUUAGUGACAGUCCAGACACUGUCAUUUCUUCAUCAUCACCAGAAUGUAGUUUCAGCGAACCAGCCCCAGACUUCCCAGCGCUACGACCCAUCGACCUACCCAAAGAGGAAAAGAUGGACAGAAUUUCAUCGCCUAUCGUGCCCAUUUUACACCCCAUUCCCAUCAAAUUGGAAAAAGGCCUGGUAAAAACAGACGUUGACGAAGAAUCCAUGUUUGGAGAUGCAAACACCAUUUCCGACCUCACCAACAUCUCGAUCUCCGACAAGAAGGAAAUGUUCGACCCGCUCGGAAAAGGCCUGCUCACGACCAAGAUGCCGGCAUUGACGUCGAGUUUGACCCGACCUUUCAUGGACCCAGGGAUGGACCAGCAGGUUUCUGUGACCUUGACCUUGUCUGCCACAGCGGCGGAAGACAUCGGUGGCGUGAUGUCUGCAAUUGCCGACUUGUUGAAGAUCGCUGUUCCACCGACAUACGAGAUGACGCGAAGCCCGUCGCCGGAUUCGUUCAAAACAACCGUGAAACACAAGGAAGAAGCCGUUGACAUCAAAGCGCUAAUCAAGGCAAAGCCGAAGUUUUGUCGUCAUUGCGAUGUGGUCGUUCUCAGCUCGGCAAUCCGAAAGAAAAAGUCGGAACUAGCAUUUCUCACCAAGGAGGACCAGGAAAAUGAAGACGAGGAGUUGAUAUUCUGCAGCAUGAACUGUUACAUGCAGUUCUCCAUAACCAACAAGUCUCAACAGGAGAGUGAACCGGCUAACAUCAUAGAGCACAAGAGUGACACCACACCCUCGGCCUCCCCCCUGCACCUCCCUGUCACAUCGGCACUGUCCAUCUCGACCACACCGCCGGUAACGCCCGUAUCCACCGGUCAGCAGCCAGCGACUCCAACCACCCCGGCAUCGUCAUCUAAUCAGAGUAUUACGAAAUCACCACUCUCGUCCCCCAUGCUGUCGAGUCCGUCAACAAAGCCAAAAAUUGAAGAGAAGCUGGCGAAGAAACAUCGGCGUAACAGCAGCACGUCACAAGAGGUGUGGCCACCCAAGCCUCUGGUGAAGAAGUGGAAGGAAAUACGAUGGAGAAAAUGGACGAUCACGAUCGCUGAAUCUUUGGAGAAGAGAGAACAACGGUCGCCCAAGAAGUUGAAAAAGAUCUGGAGAAAGUACGUCCACUUGAUAAAACCGAAUCCGAAGUCUGACGAUAGCCGAGGUGAGGACGGACGGUCUAAAGAUAGCCGCGUUGAAGACACUAGGGUUUGUGCGUUCUGUCUCGAGAAAGGUGAUGGGCACACAGACAGUGCUGCAAGACUUCUGAACAUGGACGUCGACAAAUGGACUCACCUGAACUGUGCCCUGUGGUCGUACGAAGUGUACGAGACCGUGAACGGUGCCCUGAUGAACGUUGACGUCGCGUACUCGCGCGGCCAGGCGGCGGAGUGCGUCGUGUGUCACAAGGUUGGUGCCACACUCAGCUGCUUCAAAAUCCGAUGCACUCACUCCUACCACCUCAUGUGUGCGAAAAACACAGGCUGCGUCUUCUUCCAGGACAAGACCCUGCUGUGUUCGCUGCAUGCUUCAAAAACUGACACUGUGGAAGGCAUUCUCGAGUCUCUUGUGGUUUUCCGACGAGUUUACAUCAACAGGGAUGAAGAUAAACAAAUAGCUAGUAUGAUCCACCGAGACGAAGGGUCUCACAUCCUACGAGUCGGAUCUCUGACACUGCACAAUGUGGGUCAGCUUCUACCACACCAGAUACAGACGAACAAGUUUAACACCAAGGACUACAUUUACCCAGUUGGAUUCAAGACAAGUCGUUUUUACUGGAGCACGCGUAAUCUGUACAAACGAUGCCGAUACAUCUGUAGCAUCUCGGAUAUGAAUGGCGGGCCCGAGUUUACGAUCAGGAUCCAGGAACGCGAUUACGAAGACAUUAUCCUCAAAGAAACGACACCGAAUGGAGUCUGGAAGCUCAUUCUAGAACCAAUACAGGAUAAACGGAAAAAUGCAGACCUGGUGAAAAUGUUUCCAUCAUUCAUUACUGGAGAAGAAAUGUUUGGCCUCACAGAACCGAACAUCCUCAAAGUUAUAGAAUCACUGCCAGGCACAGACCUAUUGAACAACUACUUCUUCAAGUUUGGCCGAUCUCCCCUGAUAGAAAUGCCUCUGGCAAUCAACCCGACCGGAUCGGCCCGUACAGAGCCCAAGAUGAGAACACAUUACAAGAGAUUUGUGACUAUUCGCAGAUCGCACACGCUCCAGUCGAGCGGUUCCCGCUCCCUGCCCACCACGGUGACGGGGAUCACCGGUGACGUCAACCUACCGUACAUCAAGCAGUUCGUCCACUCCAAGUCCCAGCAGUACCGACGACUCAAGACAGAAUGGAAGACAAACGUCUUCCUUGCAAGAUCCAGAAUUCAGGGACUUGGUUUGUACGCGGCUCGCGACCUCGAGAAACACACGAUGGUGAUUGAGUACAUCGGAGAUCUGAUCCGAAACGAGGUUGCCAACAGACGGGAGAAGAUGUACGACAUACAGAAUCGUGGCGUGUACAUGUUCCGGAUUGACGAAGAUACCAUUGUUGAUGCCACAAUGGCAGGCGGCCCCGCACGCUACAUUAACCAUUCGUGUUCCCCCAACUGUGUGGCAGAAGUCGUACAGUUUGAGAAGGAGAGCAAAAUCAUCAUCAUUACCAGCUGCCGUAUCCCUAAAGGAGAAGAGUUGACUUACGACUACAAGUUUGAUUUCGAAGAUGACCAGCACAAAAUACCAUGUCUUUGCGGUGCUCAGAACUGUCGAAAGUGGAUGAACUAAACACACAAUCCAAAUCAUUGACAGACCUUUUCCAGAAACACAAAAUGACUGCUUGUGACCAUUAUUUAAAUCGCCUUUCUCAUUUGAUAUAUACAUGAACUCGAGUUUGUAAAAUCGGCUACCAAAUCUGAAUGUGACCAGGUGGAAGGCAUAUAUUGCUCAAUCCAAGAAUUUGUUGUCAAUAGAGUGAUUCCAUUUUGAUAACAAACAUUUGACCAGAAUUCCAGAUAUUUACAGGACCUGAAAACAGUUCACAACCUUGUUUGAUAAAAUGCUAUUAAUAACACCCAUCUUUUCAACUUUGCAAAGUUUUCUGGAUUUUUAUUUUUUCAACAUGAGUUUUGUUUUGUUUUUUGUAUCUGUGUGUGUGUGUUCAAGAUCUAUGGUGUCAGUAUAACCACAGUAUCAGAUGGAGCUGUAUAAUGAAUAUUUUAAUCUCUAUUAAUCAAGUCAAACCUCCAAAUUAAUAGUGCACAUAAUUAAAAUAACACCCACCAAAUCUGUUUUAAAAUUAAAACAAAUCCCACAAACCUGUUAGAAAAACUUCCCACAAACCAGAGUAUUGUAGAUUCAGGGCCCUGGCUAGGAUAUUUUGGAGGAGGGGGUGGGGGUAGAUGGAUUCUUGGAACGAACGAACAUAUGGAAGGCUAUUAUGUUAAGGACUCUGAAAUACCAUUAUAAAAAUAUAUAUAAUAGUAUAUUGAAUAUUAUGGACCUCGUUAUUGCAGGUUACGGUUAUCGUGUUAUAUAUAUAAUAUAUUUAAUAGAUAUAGACGAAAAUCAGUGGCAACAGAUAUUACUUGCUGAAUUUAUAGUAGGUUUUUAUACCAGAGAUUCAUUUUCUACUUGAAGAUAUAUUUGUGUUUUGUGUGACAUGUCAGAAACAUAUAUAGUGUAUUUAUAUAUGAAUAGAUAGCAAGAGAAAUAUUGCGAGUACUUAUUAAGGUAUUUGAUGAUUGUUCACCUGAAAAAUUAACAUACAGAUUUUAUACACUUGUAAAUAGCAGCCGGAAGUUUAGAAUAAUAGUGUAUAGUAAUAUGUUCGCUGGUUAGCUUUUAAGUCCACAACAGUGACAUGAUUAUAUCAUGUUGGAUUUAGGGUAUUGAAUAAAAGGGGAAACUACAUCAGAUGUGUGGUUUUGUUUUUAAAGAAUUACAAGUAAUGGGUGUUACAGUAGCUGGUUCUAACAAUGAAAUCAUAUUAUGUAUUUCUCUUUUUCCAAAGAGCCGUGUUAGAAAGUGUCCUGUUUAGUUUGCAGUGGACUGCUACAAACAUCUUAAAUGGUUCCAAGCCCAGGACUGUAUGUUUAAUAAAAGCACAUUUAGGCAAAAAUUAUACAGAUAUUCGGGCAAAAUGUGGUAACCUCAGACCUUUUUACCAUUUAUUUUCAUCGUUCUACCCUUACAAUUAGUUGUAAUCCAUGUAAAAAUGUGUAGUGAUUCGUUUGCAACCCUCUUUUUGUCAUAUUGACAUAAUCAGUCUGUUGAUGUGGACGUAAAAUGGAAACCGCACAUAGCACUUUUAACUGUAUCUAGCCUGAACUAAUGUGUGUUCUAAGAUUGUAGUCAUAAUGGGUAGUGUUGAACUAGUUUCAGUUUAGUAUAUUUUUUUACUUAACAUCUAGAGAAUGAUAUUCUUGCUUAACAUUUGAAAACUUCCUAGAAAAUGUAAUUUUUUAUAAUUCUUUUUUUUUAAAGAAAUGGAAAAUGUUUAGUUUAGCUUUCUGUUAGAUGAUGACGGCCAUUGAUGAAAAAGAAGGUAAACUUUUUCACAAAGUGUGCAUAAUCGAGUUGUUUCUGCAGUCAUAAUUAUUGUCUCAAUUAGAUUAUUUUUUUCUUUCUUUUCUGUUUGUACAGUAAUUUGCCUGUCCCAUACUGUAUGGCUUUUAAUCAUCAGAGAAAAGAUUUGCAAUCAUGAAUUAAAGCUUUUCAAAUGUUUGUACAUAAAAUGUUAUUUUGUUUGGAUCGUGCAUCAUAUUAAUAAUUAUGACAUCAAAUUAAUCUUUUACUCAGCCUUCGUUGUAAUAAACAUUCAUCAUGAAUCCACUUGCCAUUGAAUAUGCAGUAGUUUUGUAGAAAGGUUUUUUUCCUUUUUUUCUCAAUGUAUGUUUAUAAAAUUAAUGCAGGUAGAUAUCUGGCUUGAAAUAAAUUAUAGGAAUUUUCACAAGUAACUUGAUACAUUUGCAGUAAACAUCAUUUUGAACAGUUAAAAAAAAAACCCAAAAACCCCCAGUAAAUACAAUUCUUCUUUGUUUUUUUACUCUGGCAGUUGAUUGUCAUAAUUGGUCACAUUUGAGCACCUAACGUAAAUUAAAGUGUGACAUUUCAUUCCCAGCUUCAAGUUGGUCUGCAUAUCGUAUAGAAAGGCAACUACGGUAAAACACGUUUAUGUGCUUUGUAAAUAGCAAUGGAAAUUUAAUACUACUUUUGUCACAUUGCUGGUUAUACAUUGUAUUACAAACAGAAUCUCUCACUUGCAUUCAUUUAAUAUGUACGUUAUUAAACACUGAAUUAUUUAUUGUGUGUUGCUUGCAGUUUUUCAGAAUUGUUUAGUAAAUUACGUAUAAGAUGGACCCGUGUGUUAGAUUUUCUAUUUAUUUCACGAAGAUAUUGUAACAGCCUUUGAUUUCACUCACCAUAUCUACCUAACAUUGAAAAUUGUUGUACAUAUGUUAAUACGAACAUCUAUAUAUGUUGAAUUAAAGUAAAGCGGUCAAAUCAGCUUGUUAUUUAAAAAAAAGCAAUAAGUCAUAUUCAUCAUUCUCACAUCAAUCAACAUUUAUGCAUAAACAUUGAACAUACUAAUCUUCCAUAUCUACGAAAUUUUCCUUCUACAUUUUAAACAUUGUGUACCAGUUUUAUAUUAUAUAUAUAAUCUCGUGCAGAUGAGUUUGUUUUGGGGUUGUUGUGUUGUUGUUUUUUGUGUUGUUUUUUUUGGGGGGGGGGUCACACCCCUUCCAAUCUUUACAUGUAGCUGCAGUAUUUCACAUCUUUUAUUCGGCAUCAGGAUUUAGAUAAUUCAGUGCGUUCGUGAGCAACCUUUCCCGUUGUUUACUAUUUUUUAAUAUGGUAAUGGUACUUUUACCACAAACAGGCAGCAACAUUGUGCGUAUGUCAUUAGGCAUAAUCAACUUUUGCAUACAGGAUUUGUGUUCGUCAUCAAUUAAUUCAUUAUAUAUAUAUAUAUAUAUAUAUAUAUAUAUACACACACCUAUAUAUACACUUGUUUGUGUCAUUUUCCACUGCAUACUGUUCAACCGGCUUCUGCUGGUAGUAGUGUGUGGACACAGAUGUUGUCAAGUAGAGCAUUUACAUACAAUUAGUGGACAAGCUUAUACACCUUGUGUUGUGUUGGUUUUCAUUUUUAAUACCUUUGUAUGAUGUAAAUAUACUGAGAAAAUAUAUUAAAUACUAAGUGACCUUCCCCCCAUCUCUUCCCCCCCCCCCCUCCUUCCGAGUGUUUCUGUUGUCCAUAAGGCAUAAAAACUAAAUUAUGUGUGUUUCUGGGAAUCUGACCUACUAACAGAUAAGGGCCAGCCUUAAUUAUUUUCUCAUUAAGCCAAACAACUUUUUACAGAAUGGUGAAAGGAUUGAAUUGAAAGAAGCAAGCCUAUUAUAAUAGAAUAUUUUGAAACGGUUCUGUAUUUCAUCAAGUUAAAGCAAUAUAUUCCGAAAAAGGUAUUCGGAAAAGUGUAUUUAAAAAAUGAACUCCCACCCACCCUAUUAGAAGACAUUGUAGUUGUAUUUGUGGGUUUGGUGCAAAUGAUAAAAUGUCGAUUUUGCUUUUCUUUCUUUUUUUUUCACUUUGUGUAUGUUUUAUUAAAGAGUGACUAGAACUCCCUGAUCUAGAUACACACAGCUGUGAUUUAUCAAAUGUUUUGUAUAGUCAUUGUAAAUAAACACGAUCAUCUCAGGUCAGACCUAUAA